AGUGGAUCCUGGGGCGGAGGAAGGAGGAGAAUUCCCCCGUCUUAGAGUCGGGCCGCCGCCGCCAUCUUGUCUUGCUGUGGCCGCCGGGCCUUGGGCCUGCUGUGCGAAGGGGCCUGCGAGGUGGACGUGGUGCAUCCGGCGGCCCCGCGUGGGAUCCUGGAGAUCCCUUUGGGGCCGCGCUGAGGACCGCCACACCGGCGUUUGCUGAGGCGCUCGGGAUGGGCCGCUCCCGCUCGCGGAGUUCGUCCCACUCCAAGCGCGUCAAGAGCUCCAAGCACAACAAGAAGAACCGGAGCCGAUCUCGGUCCCGUUCGCGGGAGAAAGAGCGGGCCCGCAAGCGCUCCAAGUCGCGAGAGGGCAAACGGAGUCGCCGGCGGGAGUCCCGCUCCAGGUCCCGCUCCAACACUGCGCCCUCCCGCCGCGAGCGAGAUCGCGAGCGGGACCGCGCCUCCUCCCCGCCCGACCGCAUCGACAUCUUCGGCCGGACAGUCAGCAAGCGAAGCAGCCUGGAUGAGAAGCAGAAGCGGGAGGAGGAGGAAAAAAAGGCCGAGUUCGAGCGGCAGCGGAAAAUUCGGCAACAAGAAAUAGAAGAGAAACUUAUUGAAGAAGAGACCGCCAGAAGAGUGGAGGAGCUUGUAGCAAAGCGGGUGGAGGAAGAACUGGAGAAGCGGAAAGAUGAAAUUGAGCGGGAAGUUCUCCGCAGGGUGGAGGAGGCUAAGCGCAUCAUGGAAAAACAGUUGCUCGAAGAACUCGAGCGACAGAGACAAGCUGAACUUGCUGCACAAAAGGCCAGAGAGGAGGAAGAGCGUGCAAAGCGUGAGGAACUUGAACGAAUACUAGAAGAGAAUAACAGAAAAAUUGCAGAAGCACAAGCUAAAUUGGCUGAAGAACAAUUGAAAAUUGUUGAAGAACAAAGAAAAAUUCACGAAGAGAGGAUGAAACUAGAACAAGAAAGACAACGUCAACAAAAGGAAGAACAAAAAAUGAUCCUAGGCAAGGGAAAAACUAGACCAAAACUGUCAUUCUCACUAAAGACUCAGGAUUAAAUUUCAGCUCCGAACUCUUAAUGAAAAUUGGGAAAAAAAUCUUUGUAUAGUAGCUUCAUGUUGAAGUGGUUUUUUUUUUAUUUUCUUUGGUGAUUUUUUUUUCUUUUUGGACAUCUGAAAAGUUAGCUUGUUCUAAUAGGGGCUGUGCUCUGCAUCUCUUAUUUUAACGUAUGUUAAGUUAAAUCCUUAUCAGAUCAUUGUCUUAAAGAAUAAAUUUAUUCUUAUCUGUUUUGAUUCUGUGAUAAAGUGGUUUGAUGCAGAUCAGGUCACUUUAUAAAUUAUGUAUGGUCUGAUAAGGUUUUUACUACCCGCUGAUCUCAGAGAUAUACUCUGAUGCUAACUAUUAAAGCUGGUUUUAUUUUGCUGACUUUAAAAAAAGUUUGGCAAAUAUAUUGGUAAAUUCUCACAGUGUACUGGAUCCUCAGUGGUUUAUUAUACCAGUGUCUUUUGAUACUACUCCACUAUUGUGCUUGAUGUUCCUGAUACAGGUAAGGAAAAAGUUGGUCAGUGUUGCUGGAGAUGUGUAAAGGGAGUUCAGUAUUGUCUCUACUAGAAUUGUUUUUAUUCCACUGAUAAAACUCAACCAGCAUUCCCAAUUGUGUAAAUAAACCAAUUUGCUGAAUAAAAUGAAAUCUUAAAUUCAUGUGUUUUAAGUAAAUUUUUUAGUGCAUGUAUAUUUUAUGCUAAUAAAACUUAUUUUCCCCAAAUCAGGCACACAUUGGAAUUAAGUUCACCAACAUUUUUCAUACUUUCAGAGCCAAGAUUGCACUACAGGUUGAAAUUAUUGUCCUGUUAAGUGGCUCUUGCUGGCUUAAUGAUGGUUUUUACACUGAUGGGGCACUUGUUUCAACUGUGGAUUUGCUGUCUUUUUGGCAAGGAUCUUGAUAGAUCUUAUUUCCUUACAUAAUAAAAUUGUGGACUUCAUACUCGGCUCAGUUUCAAAACGAAUUGCCAUGGAGCAUUAUGGAGUUCUGUUUGAGGACAGCUUUGGUCUUAUAAUUAGUUUGAUAGGUUUCGGAUCCCCAGCCUGAACAUGAUGGCAAGUAAAACUGGCCACAUAGUUUAAAAAACGGGCAUCAAACUUGCUGUGUCAUGUCACGUGCCGCGACAGAUCACGACUUUUUUUGCAUUGUUGGAGUUGGGGUGGGCGUGGCCUCCGCAUGAUGCAACUGGCCUACGGGCCGGCAGUUUGACACCCCUGGUUUAAAACAAUCUAUUAAGCGUACUCCACUUUUACGAUCCUGUAAUCCAUUAAUUCGGCACUGUACUCCUGAAAAUAUUCACAAGUACUUUUGGGCACAACUGUUCAUUACAGUAAUUUUGUAACUUUUUUUGCCAAUGUUGUAAGAUUAAAUGAAGAUUAAGUUUGCAAGUAAUUGCUAGUCUUUCUAGAUGCAACACUUGCAAGCUGCUUGUUUUCGGCAGUUCCCUGAAUUCUUUUUCACAUGUAGGUUGAACUUUGUCAUGUACUAUUUCUUCUAAAAUUACAGCAUCCUUAAUGUUCUUAUUCCAGUAUUUAAAUCAAAAUAUCAACAUUCAGUUUUGUUUUUAUGUAACAUCAAUUGUAUCAAGUUUCCAGUAUGUGGCACACAUUGAGCAGACUCCUGUUUUGCUUGCACAAAGUACGGAAUGAUAGAUCAUGAAGUAUAUAGUCGAACAGUCGGUAUCUCUGAGAAUGUUUUUAAUAAAUUAAUAUUGCUGU